GAGCACUACGUAAAAACAAAAAUCCCAAAGGAUGUAAAAUUGGGGGUGUUAUUUUUAUUUCCCACAGCAAAUAUGUUUUUUGGUUUUGCCGUACAUUUUAUGGUAAAAGAUGUCAUUACAAAGUACAAUUUGUUGUGCAAAAAAAAAAAAAAAAAAAAGUCCUCAUAUGGGUCUGAGGAUAGAAAAAUAGAGUUAUGGAGGGACAUUUAUCAAUGUUUGCUUAUGUAUUCUUUUUUUUUUAGUAAUUUUUCCCUUACUUUUUUUUUUUUUUGCUUAUGUGUGACUUAUUUUUCAACUGGUUUCAGCCUGUUGAUCAUUUUCUUUCACGUAAGCAAUUUUUCCUUUUUUUACUUUGGUAGUAGCUUUUUCUGCUCCAUGUUUGAGCUGGAGUAAAUUUAGUCAAUUUUUAACCUUGUUGCGACUUUUUUUGCGCAGUUGCGACUGUCGCAGUUGAUAAAUACCCGACUAAAGCAAAUCCAUUUUGAAAAAUGUACUACGUAAGCAAGUUAGAAUUUUCUUGCUUUUCUUGUUCUUCAUGCAAAUUUUUGCACGAAAACACACGUAGUCGCAGUUGCGGCAAUUAUAGUAAAGAAAACCUGACUAAACCCGUUGAUAAAUGUCCGUCAUGGUUCCUAGAAGGAGAGGAGGAAAAACGAAGAUGCAAAAAUGAAUAUUAGCUGUGUCCACAAGGCCAAAACCAGCUGUGCCUUUAAGGGGUUAAAUAAAAUCCUGGAUAUAAAUAUACACUGAACAUACACAUAUUCUGGAUAAUGUUCAGCCAGUGUACCCUAGCCAUAGUGAAUGGAGAAGGAAGAAGCAUAAAACCUAGUCAUGGUGUAUCUGUAGGGGAUGUGAGGGGGAGGGGAGCCUACACAUAAUGUACCAGCUAUGCCUUGCCUUCUAUGGAGGACACAGUGCUCAGCCAUCUUCAUGUCACUUCUAUGUCACUUCUAUGUCACUAGCUACAAUAUAUUUGCAGGAAAACCAACAUUUGUCUACCAUUUUAUCAAUUCAACCCUCAAUAUCUAGCUUCCAAUUUCUUGUUCUGAGCGGAAGUAAGUAAUGACUAUAUAUAAUGGGCUGGAGCAUCCUCAUUCAAAAUGUCGCCUGACUCUCCAGCAUGGAGUCCAUACAUCGUACAUGAGGAAGAGAGAAGGAGGUGUGGACGUGUCUCACCCCCUAUCCUCAGGACGUCAUAGAAGUCUCAUCUCCACAGUGACACAUGGAGAGUACAGUGCUGGGCACACUGCUGGGGGACUCCCCGGUCCCAAAUACUUACAUGAGAGGAAGGGAAAGUCCAUAACAGACAAAACUGUCAUUGUGAAUGAAGACGCGUCAGAGCCGGGUCCUCCAUUCAGCACGGUGCCGGCUGGUGGGGGAGGGCAGCAUCUUGUGUCAUCCUGUGCUAUGGGCUCGGCAUAAACGCGUGCAGUGGAGCAGGCACGUGCCUAUGUGAUGGCUACUGAAAAGUGGCCCCCAGCUGCCCAAUACAACAUGGAUGGUGAGAGGGCUACAGGGUCCCGCCAUAGAACACACUCGUCAGCGCCUCAGGUGAUAAAUGAAAGGAUGGACGAAUACCUUGUAUCUCGAACCAUAUACUCUGACACAGUUUUCCAUCAGGAAAAUGAGAAGGAAGAAUUUAUACCGAAAAGUAUUUCACAAAAAUUGAAAGAUAACUGCAGCUGUACACCAGCGACAGCUCGUCUAAAGCUCAAGCAAUUUUUCCCAGUUCUUAACUGGUUGCCAAAGUACAGAUGGAAAGAGUGGCUUGUUCAUGAUAUUAUCUCAGGACUAUGUACAGGACUUGUUGGCACAUUACAAGGUUUGGCAUUUGCAUUACUUGCUGAGGUUCCAGUGGGAUAUGGACUGUAUUCCUCCUUUUUUCCCAUCUUGACCUACUUUUUCUUGGGAACAUCAAGGCACAUUGCAGUUGGACCAUUUCCAGUUAUUUGUUUAAUGGUUGGCCAAGUUGUUCUCGCUAUGGCUCCUGAUGAAAAAUUCCUAAUCGCAAACUCCACAUUAAAUGGGACUCAGAUAGAUUAUGAAGCCCGGGAUGCUGCGAGAGUUGUCAUAUCCAGCACAUUGAGCUUUUUAAUUGGAAUAAUACAGCUUGUAUUAGGAGCACUGCAGUUUGGUUUUGUUGUCAGAUAUUUGGGAGAUCCAUUAGUUCGCGGAUUUACCACUGCAGCUGCUUUCCAAGUAUUAAUCUCGCAGAUCAAACUAAUUUUCAACAUACCCUCAACAAAUUACAGUGGAGUGCUCUCAAUGGUUUAUACAAGUAUUGAUAUUAUUGCCAACAUCAGUAAAACAAAUUUUGCCGAUCUUACGGCUGGAUUGAUAACUUUAGUGUUGUGUUUGGUUGUGAAGGACCUAAAUGAGAGAUUUAAACAUAUUCUUCGCAUUCCUGUUCCUAUUGAAGUCAUUGUGGCAAUAGUUGCUACCGGUAUUUCAUAUGGUGUUAACCUGGAGGAGACCUAUAAUGCUGCCAUUGUGAAGAAUGUUCCAAGUGGCUUUAUACCACCUGUGGCACCAGACGUCAGCCUCUUUUCACAAAUGAUUGUGCCAGCUUUCUCCAUUGGAAUUUUGGCAUAUGCCCUUGCUGUUUCUUUGGGAAAAGUUUAUGCCAUCAAGUAUAAUUAUGAAAUUGAUGGAAAUCAGGAAUUCAUUGCCUUUGGCGUCAGUAAUAUAUUCAGCGGUUGUUUCUCUUGCUUUUGUGCCACUACUGCCCUGUCUCGUUCUGCUGUGCAAGAAAGUACUGGAGGGAAAACCCAGAUUGCUGGUUUAAUUACUGCCGCAGUAGUUAUGAUUUCCUUGCUGUCAGUUGGCACAUAUCUGGAACCCCUGCAGAAGUCAGUCUUGGCUGCCAUUGUCAUAUCUAAUCUUAAGGGGAUGUUCUGGCAAGUGGUUGAUGUUCCUCAUUUAUGGAGACAAAACAAGUGGGAUGCAGCUAUCUGGCUUUUUACAUGUUUCGCAUCUCUACUGUUGGACAUCGAUUUGGGAUUAUUGGCUGGCAUCCUGUUUGGACUUGUUACUGUUGUUCUACGUGUUCAGUAUCCAUCAUACAGUUCUCUUGGAAAUGUUCCUGGUACAGAUAUUUACAAAGAUAUAAAAAAAUACAAAAUGAUUGAUGAACCAGAGGGGAUAAAAAUAAUCUGUUUCUCCAGUGCUAUAUUCUAUGGCAAUGUCGAAAGUCUAAAAGAAGGAGUUAAAUCGAUUGUUGGGUUUGAUGCUGUUAGAGUUUUUAACAAAAGAACAAAGGCUCUACGAAAAAGAAACAAACUUCUCAAGAUAAAAGAGUUAACAGCAAGUCAGAAUGGGAUCAAAAGAAACUCUGCUACUGAUGAAGAUUCUGAAUCAGAUGAAGAAAAGGAUGAUUAUGGAACAGAAAGAAAAGAAGUCAAUGCCAAUGACUUAAAUAUGCAAGUAGACUGGAAUACAGAGUUCCCCGACAGUGUAUCUAUUCCAGUGGUCACAAUACACAGUGUCAUUUUAGAUUUUGGACAAGUAAGCUUUAUUGAUGUGGUAGCCGUGGAUUGUCUAAAGGGGAUAUUUAAAGAAUUCCAGAGGAUUGAUGUAGAUGUAUAUAUAGCAGAUUAUGAUGAUGAUGUUUUCAGACAGCUGGAAAGGUGCAGUUUCUUUAAUGAAGCAAUCGGCACAGACGUCUGUUUCCUUACUAUCCAUGAUGCUGUUUUGCACAUACAGAAACAGAAGAAGGGCUGCAGUAGCCGCAGUGUGCUGGAUAUGACAUCGCAUAUUCAGAAGUCCAGCUAUCUAGUGGAAAUGAAAGAUUUAAAUGAACUGAACACUUCACAGUGUUUGCAAAGUCAACAGGAAGAGCAGAAUUCUGGCGUAAUUCCACAAUUCCAUUCAUCAAGCUUUGCUGAACAGAAUUUCUGCGGUGUGAUCAUUCAUUAAAAGCAGAGACCAAUUUUCAGGAGCAGACAGGGACCUGAGCCACGAAAUAUGAUGAUAACGACUGCAAACUUUCCAACCCAUAUCAGACGUCCAUGAACUAACAUUCUUCAAAAUCCUUCAGAGGACCAAUGUGAACGGAAUCCAUAUAGCCGUGCAAUUUGCAAAUUGUUAUUAACAAAUUUUAAAAUGAGUUCCAGGUAAAGAACUUUCAAGGAUAGGAACGUGAAGUCUUACCUUUGAAACUGGAUCCCAAGACCAUUUCAGUUAGAGGAUCAGUGUCUCACGGUUAAAGUAUUUCUUUUAGAUUUUAGAACAGGAUCUCCAAAAUAUAAUUUAAAAAAAAGGUAGAAUUUGCAUACAGUUGAUUGACAAAGGACAAUGGUAAAACUGGUGUGGUGUGGAUGGGAGGUUGAUAUAAACUGCAGAAUUUCGGUGUUCUCAAAACACAGAAUUCUGCUUAAAUUCGAACCCCCAUUGACAUGGGAUUCUGCCAAUGAAUUCAGCAAAAUUUAAAGGCAUGUCUUUAAAUUUUGCAGAAUUGCCACAGCGGAAACUCGGGACAGCGGAAUCCCAUUAAAGUUGAUGGGCAUAUUUGCUGCAUUAGUAAGUUGUUUGCUUUGCUUGCUGCAGUUUUUCUAUUCUUGCCAUGAUUUUUCCAAAAUCGUGGCAAAAUUGCUAUUUCACAGCAAAUGUGUAAAUUACUGUAAAAUUGGUGGGUUUUACUGCAAUUAUGAAAACUCAUUACAGAAUCAGAAAAAUGCAGUUAAUAUUUAAUGUAGAAACAAAGCCUAAACACUUCAGAUCUUCAUAAAACACCUCAAUUGUAACUAUAGGCCAAAUAACCUUCACCUCGUGGAUAUAUUUCUCUAAGAAAUGUACUUAAAAGGGGUACUCCGGUGGAAAAAGUUUUUUUUUUUUUUUAAUGAACUGAUGCCAGAAAGUUAAACAGAUUUGUAAAUGACUUCUAUUACAAAAUCUUUAUCCUUCCAGUUAUGCUACAGAGGAAAUUCUUUUAUUUUUGAAUUUCUUUUUUGUCUUGUCCACAGUGCGCUCUGCUGACACCUCUGUCUGUGUCAGGAACUGUCCAGAGCAGCAUAGGUGUGCAAUGGGGAUUUUCUCCUGCUCUGGAAAGUUCCUGAUAUGGACAUCAGGUGUCAGCAGAGAGCACUGUGGGCAAGACAAAAAAGAAAUUAAAAAAGCAACGGAUUUCCUCUGUAGCACACAGCUGCUAAAAAGUGCUGGAAGGGUAAAGAUUUUUUAAUAGAAGUAAUUUACAAAUCUGUUUAACUUUCUGGCACCAGUUGAUAAAAAAAAUAUAUAUAUAUUUUCCAUCGGAGUACCCCUUUAAGUAAGAAUCAAAACUGCACAUAAUGUGAACUGACUUCAACCCACUUAUGAGUCUAAUGAGUUUAUCUGGCUGAACUCCAGCACUAGCAACCUGAUUAAAUGACCAGAUGCAGUAAUCAAACACCAUGCCCAUUCUCUCUGCACAGUCAGAUGAUUUAUGGGAAAUGUAGGCAGCAUUAUAAAGUCAUUUCACUGAUGGAUUUACAAUCAGAAAUGGCCAAAAAAAAAUACAUGUAUGCCACAUAAGUUAAAACAAGUAGGCACAAGGCAAAUUCUGUCAAAAGUGGUAUUGUGUACAAGUGUACAUGGCAUUGUAUUAGCAUAUAGGGUUGGGUUUAUAUAAUUAAUGUUCUAGAAGUUAGAAUUUGUCCAGACUUCUUUCAGAGGCUUCAUUGGUGGUUCCAUCAUAUUUGGCAAGAAGAAAAAGCAUGCUGCCCUAUUGUUUCCGUGAAACCAAGGACACCACACUAGAACCCGACAGACCCCAUUACAAGCAACAAGGUCUGUCUGGCACAGUUGGUGCCUGUCAUUUGACAGGUCUGGCACUACCGUAAGGCUCUGUUCACACCACUUUGCUUCUUUUACUUUCUAUUGUAACUGAAGCCAUGACAGUGGUGUGAACAGAGCCUUACUUUUGUGGAGGAUCUGUUUUAAUGGUGGCUCCAUGUAAUGCUUGUGAAUUAGCACACAUAGGUUUCCCCCAAUAGUUGCAUUAGUACUACAGGUUAUAAAUGUAUACUAUCCAUGGCUAGCAAGCAAAAUGUAGCAGGGUUCCUGAAUUUCAGUGUGGGUGAAAAUACCUAUUUUAGAAUAAAUCCAUACAUAUAGAUAUUUCAGUUGAAAACUUGUAUUGUUAUAGUUUUAUUUAAAUUCAAAUUUAAAUAAAUAUAAAUUAUAUUAAGUAUCCUUUAUUUAUAAAGAGAUAUUUUGCUAUUUAAACAGAUCAAAGUUUGGUCACGCAUUGACCCCUUAACCCCUUAAGGACCAAGCCCAUUUUGACCUUAAGGACCAGGCCAAUUUAAUUUUUGUGUUUUUGUUUUUUCCUCCUCGCCAUCUAAAAUCCAUAACUCCUUUAUAUUUCCAUCUACAGACCCAUAUAAGGGUAUGUUUUUUGCGUGACCAAUUGUACUUUGUAAUGAAACCUCUCAUUUUACCAUAAAAUGUACGGCGAACCCAAAGAAUAAUUUUUUUUAGGGAGGAAAUUUUAAUGAAAACCACAAUUUUGCACAUUUUGGAGGGUUUCGUUUUCACACUGUACAAUUUACGGUAAAAAGACAUGUGUUCUUUAUUCUGUGGGUUAAUACGAUUAAAAUGAUACCCAUGGCUAGAUACUUUUCUAUUUUUGUACCGCUUAAAAAAAUCUCAAACUUUUUGUACAAAAUCAGUAAUAUAAAAUCGCCCUAUUUUGACCACCUAUAGCUUUUUCAUUUUUCCGUAUAUGGGGCGGUUUGAGAGUUUCUUUUCUGUGCCGUCAUCUGUACUUUUUAUCGAUACGAACUAUACAUAAAUAAAACUUUUAGAUCACUUUUUAUAAAAAAAAAUUUGAAAUAAAAUGUGACAAAAAAGCUGCAUUUUUGACUUUUUUUGAUUUUUUACUAGGGCUGCAGCUAAGGAUUAUUUUAAUAAUCGAUUAGUUAUCGAUUAAUCAGAAAAUCUCAAAAUGCCAAAAAGGGGUUCAGCUGAUUCUACUUCAAAAAUAAUGUACAAUGGCCAUAUUAAAAGUUUCUAGCAUGUGAUGUGACCAAACAGCAGCAAUUUUUUUUUUUUUAUGUUUACGCCGGUUGCUGUACAGGAUCAUUAUUAAUGAUCCUGUACAGAAACCAGCGUAAAUUUGAUUUUGCCACAUGGGUAACUAUCUGAACUAUUAAAAUAAAAUGUUAAUGAUUUACUAACAUUUUAUUUUAAUAGUUGAUACAGUUAGCCAUGUGGUAGCUGAUAGCAACCAGGGCCCUGCAGAUACAAAGCUUCACAGACCGGGAGCCGGACGCGGAUGUAAAUAUAUGUCCGUGGUCGUUAAGGGGUUAAAGAAUAAUUUUUGUGAUUGUAUGUUUUUUUUUAUGAAUUAGGGGUUCUAAAUGAAUUUUUCAGUAAUAUCAUUUUAUUUGCCAUUUCCUAUCAUGCAAUGAACUACCUCCUACUUUCUAGUGUUUUUAUGCAACCAGGUUGACUGUAUUUGAGCUGGUUACAAAAUGUAAGAUAAAGGCAUGAAGUUAGAAUUAGCAAUUCUAAAGUGAUCUAUGGUCACUUUGAAAAAAAUAAGUUAUUGUAACCCUCUUAGGAGGGCGCUUAUUACUUAACUUUUUGUAGCAUGUCCAUCCCCCCCCCAGAACCCCAUCUCCCCAGGCCCGCAGGCGGAUUACCUGAACUGUCAGAGGGACUACAAAACCCUAUAACUCAGGAACAGGGGGCCAAUAGACGUGCUACAAGCUAAAAGAUAUGUGAUCCGCCCCAAGCUAUACAAAAGCUUACAAAAAUGUUUUUCAAAGUGGUUGCAGGUCCCCUUUAAAGAUUUAUUGCAGUAAUGUCCCUCAUUAUGAGAGAUUACAUUCCAUCAGAGUAUCAAAAGAAUGUAGUCACUUGGUUCUUUUUAUAAUGGGGCCAUCAGCAAACCGUUCCAAACCAGCAGUAUAUGAAGUGAAACUGACUGUUUAGAUGCAGUACUUUAGUAAACACCAUACCCUUAGGGAAUACGACCACUUUAAUUUUUUGAGACAAAUAGUAUGUACAUGAGUAACCAUUGUUGUCAGUAGAUGUUAUAUUUAGAUGUGAUUAUAAGUAAUAAUUUAAAAAAUCAUUUGAUUGUUUUGGUUUUGUUGAAUGAUCAAAUUAGUGCAUAGUCAGCCUAAAGGUGCCUAUACACUGUGCCUAUGUUCCCUGUAUGUAUCACUAACCUUCGUGUUAUGUUUUAUUGGUCCACGGACCAUUUUUGUUCUGUUGUUUGAAGCAAUAUUUCUGUCUCAAUAAAAGCUUCAUGGUUUGACUGUUAAAGGUGCCUAUACACAUUAGAGGAAAAUCAGCCAACCCUGACAACCCUCUAAUGUGUAUUGGGUGCCUUAGGGAAAAGAAAGAUCAGUCAUUUUGAUUUCAACAUGCCUGAUACUUUUAUUUUUAUGAGAGGUCAGCCAUUGCAAAAGGUGUCUGACAGCGACUUAUUCCCCUCUGUUGAUUGAAAAAACAUGCAAGUUUAGCAGAACCCUGCAUGUACGUGUAUGGGGGGAAAGGCUGGAAGACAGUUACCUAAGGUAUAUGGCCACCAUAGCAGUUUAUUAAAGGGGUAUUCCAGGCAAAACCUUUUUUUAUAUAUAUAUCAACUGGCUCCGGAAAAAUAAACAGAUUUGUAAAUUACU